AUGAACGAGGGCAAGUCAGAGCUUCGCAACAGCUCGGACACUCCCCGUGCGGAAGAGAUUGUUGCUUCCGGGAUGGAGACCAUCACUCCGCAGCAGAACCGGCGCAUGCUCAUCAAAAUCAAUUCUGUCGUUUUGAUGACCAUGAUUCUUGCCUCGACCAUGGCUUUUCUCGACAAGAAUGCCAUGAGCUUCGCCGCCGUCUACGGAAUGACCAAGGAGACCAACCUCAAGAACCAGGACUAUAGCUGGCUGGGCAGUGUUUUCUACUUCGGGUACCUUGGAAUGGAGGCGCCUGCCCUCUGGCUGCUGACCAAGGUGCGCAUCGGGAAGUUCCUGGGCGCGCUGUUGAUCUUCUGGGGCGUGACCAUCACGGCCAUGGCCGGGUGCACAAGCUUCGCCACUCUGGCCGUCGCGCGGUUCUUCUUGGGCGUCUUUGAGGCGGCGCUGCUGCCCUGCUGCAUCCUCCUGACCUCGCUGUGGUAUCGUCGAGAGGAGCACGCUAUUGUCUCGGCGCUCUACUACAACACUUUUGCGGGUAUCUUCGGUGGUAUUCUCGCCUACGCUAUUGGCCACAUCUCGGGUUCCCUCUCUGAGUGGAAGUAUCUCUUCAUCAUCUAUGGCAGCAUCACUAUCGCACUUGGCAUCACCGUAGUUCUCGCCCUUCCUGAUGCGCCCUCAAACGCGUGGUUCUUCACUGCCGAGGAGAAGAAGCUCGCCAUUAUCCGGGUCGCUGAGAACCAAACCGGCGUAGACAACCACAACAAGGUAGAAUCGAGCCAAGAAGGAGCGUUUGAUCCGAAGUACUGGGUCCUGUCCGUCGGAGUCAUGGCGUAUGCCGUCACCAACUCCGGCAUCACCAAUUUCAACCCGCUCAUCAUCUCCGGCUACGGCUUCUCGCCCCAGAAGACAUCGCUCAUGUCUGCUCCGCAAGCAGCCGUCGCCAUCGUCGCCCAGGUCGUUGCCACGGUCAUCAUGCUCUACGUACCUCGCACGCGAUGUAUCAUUUGGGUCCUCUCGACGUUCCCUGCCCUUGCCGGUGCGGCUAUGAUUCACUCCCUGGAUAUAAAGGAGCACCGAACUGCGUCGCUGGUCGGCGUGUACCUCAUGGGCUUCUACAAUGUUUCCUUUGUGACGAUGCUCAGUCUACAGUCGUCCAACAACUCUGGUGCGACCAAGAAGUCGUUCGCUGGUGUUUCUGUCGCAGUCUUCUACUCUGUUGCCAAUAUCUUCGGUCCCCAGUUCUUCCGCACGGAUCAGUCACCGUACUAUCCCCUUGGAAUUGCUGCCAUGCUGGCAGCCUUUGCUAUCAACGGGGUGAUGGGCAUGCUGUAUUUUGCCAUCUGCUUCUUCGAGAACAAGCGUCGCGAUCGCCUAUACGGCAAGUCGACGGGGAGUCAUCUGGACAUUUGCGACUUGAAGGUACCGCAGUGCUCCGCUUGCUACCGGCAUCGAGAGGAGUGCAACAUCACCGAAUGUGUCGCGUAUCCCUACUCCACCGUCCAGGCGCUCUUGGACCAGAUAACAGCCCUGAAAGCUAGAGUUGACCAAUCUCCCGCACAGAGUCUCGGGACUCAACCUGUCACCGUAGGCUCCGGCCCGGAAUCGGUUUCCCUACAAUCUGCCCGACCCCAUCCCACACAGCCGCUCUCUGACAGACCGAACCUGGACGAUGAGAGCUUACGGAAGGAAGCCGAGGAAGUUGGCGUCCUGGCGCUUGGCGGCCCAAGUCGCUUCUCCGAGGGUUCAUACGGUGAGUUCAUCGGAGGAGCCGCCGGGUCAACAUUCGCUCGCAUUUUCUUCAGGCAACUCACCCUCAUUCCAUCAGAGCUACCGGACAGAAGAGGGGGCUUCCUAGAUCUAUCGCCGACGACACAACAAGCUGCUCUACCACCGCAGCCAGUGGCCAGGCGCCUGCUGCACGCGUAUAUCGCACGCGUACAUGUUUGGUGGCCGUUCCUCCAGCUGCCAGUUCUUCGGAGGGUGUUUCAGAAACUGUACCAAGAGCCAAGGAGUUGCGAUAACCAGGAGAAGUUUUUGGUAUUUGUGGUGUUGGCUCUGGGAAGCAGGGAGACAUUGCAUGGCAACGGAUCUACUUCUCAGGGACCCAUCGACAUGAACGACUCAUCCUCGUACUUCCAGACUGCUCUGCACUUCUUCCACAACUUCUACGACCACCCGCAGGAUCUCCUCAGGAUUCAAGCAAUACUUCUACUAACUAUAUGGAUGCUUGACUCGCCAAUCUCGGCUGACAUCAACGAUCUAUGGCAUCUGGCGCGGUAUGCCAUGUCCGCGGUCAUCGAAGCAGGUCUUCACCGCCACAACACAGACUGGGGCUUCACAGCCGAAGAAUUGGAGAUACGGAACAGGGCAUGGUGGUCCGCGUAUUGUUUGGAGCGGCAUGUAGCGACUAUGACAGGCCGCGUGCUCUCGGUCCGGGAGCACGCCAUACACGCCCUGAUGCCCACACCGAUGACAUUCGACGCUUUGACUGAAAGCGAGGCAGCAGCAGCCCCAGUCUUUCACAAAUGCAUUGUCGAACCCUUCAAACACAUGAUCAGACUUCGGAAGCUUGGUGGCCGUAUUCUCGAGUCGGUGUACAUUGCAAGAACCCCUGACGGAUUGGCACUGGAUACAACGUUUCAACAGAUAUCCGCCGAAGCAGAUGCGAUAAGGCUAGAGCUGGCCAAUUGGGAUCACCAACUCAACACUGCCGUGGUCAAACCCUCUCGCGAGUACUCCGAGAUGAAGAUCGAGUCUUGCCUCCUACGUUUGAUGCUUCAGAGGCCAUCACCGACCUACAUGGUUCCGUCGAGCCAGAUGGUGUUCUCCUGCUCCAAAGCCGCCUCCAGCGCAGUAAAGAACUGGCUAAGGUUGGAGCAGCAGAGUGGCAUCUUGGCGGUGUGUCGCUCGUCGAGGCAGGUCCAUGCUAUCUUCUUGGUCGGUCUUGCUGCGCUCUAUUGCGAUUGGCGCUCAACGAUUAAGCCCAACACCAACACGACUGUAGCCAUUGCUAUGCCUGUGGGUCGAGCAUGGCGUCACGAGAACGACACCAUGGUUUGCAUGGACCUAUUGAAUAGAGGCCUCUCGAAGCUUCAGUCUCCCAAUCUCUUCCGUUGCUUGGAGGUGUUUCAGGCUGUGAGGCUCAAAGUGUACAAGGACAGUCCUGGCGCCAGAACCUCACAGCUCUACAACCCCAUCACACCCUCUGCCGAUGGGAGCUAUGGAGCUAUGGAAACUCAGGACUUUGACGCCGGGAUGAAUUUAUGGAGUCUGCCCGGUGAUAGCAUCGAGAGUUACCUCGACCAGGUCAAUGACUUCCUAGGUGGGGGCGUGUUUGAUGUAGAUGAGACUCUGAAUGGGUGGUAUACUGCUUUGAUGCAGGAGGUCCAGCAAUGA